AGUAGUGCUGAUAUUAGGUAAUGGCCAGCAUGUCCACACACUCUCACAUCCUUUUUCUUUUUUCUCUUGGUUUGGUUUUUUCUUCUUCUUUUGCAAGCCAUCAUUUGAUGCCACUGGUCAGCUCUCUGCCAUGGUCAAUGAUCAUCACUGCCACAGAAAGCUAUGGCGCUCAGGGGACUAAACCCUCAUCGGGGUUAGCUUCAAGCUCUCUAUAUCCUAUCUUUAGCACCCGGUGACAACACAGUCGCCCUUGUCCCGUAAAAAGCGAGUCAGACAUUGUGGCACCCUCCAAAGGCGCGACAAAGUCACCCAGAAUUUCCCUGCCUCGCAAAUCGGCUACCCUGAAGCCCUGGACUGGCAGAAUUUGCCUCUUAUUUGGCGAUAUUUUGAGUAGCACACGAACGGCGGCAAUACCGGUUCUCUUACAUCAGGAAAGUCGCCACGCUGGAAGGUCGUCGGGUAGUUCCGCUUUGUAUGAACCUUGGAAUGUUUCUUACUUCACGGGUUACAACCGAUAUUACAAACUGUGGUCACUCCAU